GCCGCCCGUGGGAACUUCUCCGUGGGCUUGCCCACUGGAGAGCCCACUGAGACCGGGUUUGGCCUGACGCCUGACACCUGCUGUGUGCAGACUAACGUGUGGCUUUUCUGGGUACAAAUGCUGCACUUAUCCACGUUUUAGAGGGAAUGUGUGCUCUCUCAGGAGGCUUUCUUGAAAAGGAGCCGAAAUGAGAAAGGUGUAGGCGGGGAGAGCCUCACCCUGCAUCCAACUGAGGCACAGGCUCGAGUGGUGCAGGGCAGAGGGUGGGGGCACGGCCUCUGGAGCCGACCGCGGGGGUCAGAUCCCAGCUCCAUCACUUAGUAGCUGGGUGACCGCUGGCCCUUUGCUUGUGUGGGUCUGUGCCAGCCCCGGUACACGGGUCAGCCUUGUAGCACUGCUGUGGGAGCCACGUGCGAGACGUGCUUAGACGAGUGUCCAGCAUGGCCCACUAUACAGACGUUCUUGUUGGUAAUCCUGCGAUUCACUAGAAACACGACUGAGGCUCUCUGAGCCUCAGUUUCCCCAUCUGUUACCUCAAGGGGAUGAAAUGGGUUGUUAGCAUGGGGGAAUCGGGGUUUCCUGCCUUGUAAAGUGAGCCAAGACUGUGUCCCCAUUGAGACACCGUGUUUCCUCCCCUUCUGUGCCAGAGGGAACCGUGGGCAGAAAAGCUUUGUGUCUUCAGGCCCAAACCGCUCUGCGUCUGCUCUGGACACCCUGGACAUUAGACGAACGACGUGGUGUGAGCGCACCCGCCUCCCCGUGACGGGCUGUGGUCAGAUCAGUGACACGUGUGACCGCAUGCUCAGCCACAGAGUCACCCCUCCACCUUUAGGUUACUUCUUGGGGACAUCUAGUGUGUCAGGAGCAGGGCUGGCCCUGCAGGAUGCUGAGAUGCACGGGGCAUGGUCCUGCCAUUCUCCUUGAGGCAGCAAGAUGCUGAUGUGUGACAAGGUGAAUGGCAACGUGAGGGUACAGCCCGAGAAAGAGCAUCCCCAAACAGCUCAUGACUAACAAUAGGCCUUAGGACAAAGCACGGGACAAGAGAGGGCCAGGCUGGCUCUGGAAGGAGGAGCAGGACUUGGGGACAGGGAAGGGCCAACGCUCCAGGCCUCGUGGGGAACUGGCCAAGGCUGAUGUGGGGAGAGGAGGCCGUCCCGCUGGAACAGAGGACAAUUUGGGGGUGCAGUUGGGGGGCGGCAGGAGGACCACAGACUGCUGAGGACCUUUGGUGCCAGGCAAGGGACUCACGGCAUUGUUUGUGGGGGAGUCACAUGAUCAAAGAAAUUUCUUAGAACAAGAAUCAGGCUAUGUGCACGCAGAGAGAUUGUGGGGGGCAAGACUAGAGUGGGGGACCCGUGACCCUCCACAUCAGGAGGAGCCGUGGUCCAAGAGCCCCGGUCUGCUGCAGGCCAAGAUGCUUUCACUCAGGAUGUCCCUACACUGCGUGGUGCCCCCACAAAGUAAGUGCGGGCACUGUCCCCCUCCCACAGUAGAGAAAACAGUCUUGCUCACAGUCCUGUAGCUGAAUAGUGGCUAAGCCAGGGUCCAAAGCCCUUUGGCUGGCCCCAGAGUCCUUGGUCAUCAGCCAAGUUUUGACAAGUUGCAGAGAGCACCCAGUUCGCUCUAAAAUGUGGUUAAGUGUAUGAAUAAGAGAUGGAUGGGACAAUCAGUGACAGCCUGUAUGUGCAGGGACCUGAGAGGACCUCAGCCCCCAGGAGAGGGACCUGGGGCAGGGACGUGAGAAGCCAGUGCCACUGUCCCAUCUGGCCACAGGUGCAGGCUCUCACAGCCCCAGCUUCCUCUCUACAGUGGGCUGAAGGCAGCUUUGCCAUAGGGACACGCCAUGUGACAUGUUUCAAGAGCUAAGCAACAUUAGUUCACUCCAGGAGGAGCCAAGUCCCCAAAGACCUGUGGCAGGCAUCCCUUCCCACCUCAGAUCCUCUGAGUCUCUGAUCAGGAGGGGCCUUAGGAAACCUCACAUGCAUGUCCUGUGUCCCCAAGGGUUUUUCCCACGAAAUACUAACCGCCUACGACGGAGGCCCAUUUGUGACUAAGGGAACAAUGUGUGGAACAGCUUCUCUCUCUCCUGUAUCUCUCAGGCUGUUAGAAAACCUCACCAUGGACAGAAUGAUGACUCCUGGCCAGCCCCAAGGUGCAUCCUGGUUUCUCUUGAAUGCCAAGUUUACCGUUUAUCAGCUGUGUGACCUUAGGAAAGUUACUUCCCCUCUCUGUGCUUCGUUGUUCCUAACUGUAAAAUAAGGAUAAUAACAGUGCUUGCCUGGUGGUGAGGAUUACACGGCAGUGCAUGUGAGUGUGCACACACACGUGUGGCAUGUAGAACGCGCUUGAUGUGGAGGAAGCCUGAUACCCACAUUGGCUUGUUGUCCUCUGGUCCAGGCUGGCUCGGCAGUCUUAGUUCUCAGUGGCACCUGAGGCAGUGGGUCACUGUUUCUGAAAGUGUAGGUCCCUGGUGAUAAAUGCAAGAAUGAAUUCCCCCAAAGUUCAUUGCAGGCUUGAAAGGACACUGGAGAGGACUCCCUGGCCCUUUAGUCGGAGGACAGCACCUGACUGGUGGCUGCUGCUUCAAACCAGUGAUCACAGACCCUCACAAUUACACUCCUUUCCUGUUUACUGUCUGGAACUCUACAGUUCACGCUGUGGUUUUACCAGCAGAUUCAUUUGAGCAUCAGGCUGGCCCCUGAGUAGGUCGGGCCCACUGGACUGUCCCAGCCCUGGGCAGCCAGCAGAGCCGAGAUGGGAGGACAGUGAAACCCAGUCACAUCACGGCGUGUCCCCACUUUCUCCAUCCCUCUCUCACAUGUGUACAGUGAGUCGUGCUUAGUGAGGAGCCCAGAUGUCUGGGUCUGACUCUCGGCUGUGGCCUGUACCAGCUGUGCUACCGUGGGCAAGUCGCUUCACCUCUCUGAGCCUCCACCUCCUCGUCUGUAAGAUGGGGACCUCAUCAGUGCUGACAGCCCGGGGCUGUGAUGACAGCUGUGAGCGUGCAGGCAGGAGAGCGUGAAGUGUGUGCGGGGCACUGUCCCCAACGAAUGGGGAUGGCUUCGAGCUGGUCCUCUGUGAGCCCCGCCCACAGUUGGCUUCCAGGGGACCUCUGGGGAUGGUGCUGGGUGCAUUGACGGUGGCAGGACGGACACUGAACACUCAGCUGACUUAGAGAAGUGGGGAUUUGGCUCCACUGUUCCUUCAGACUUGAGAAGACAUCAGGCCCUUGUGUACGGAAAUGUCCUCUUGGACUGCUUCCAGGACUGUGUGGCUAUGGGAAGCCGCUGGACAUGGCAGCAGCGCUGUGUCCUGUGCAAGCCGGGGGUGGCACGUGCUGUCUGAGGUCUUUCACAGCCCCAUCCGAGGACCUCAGAGCCUCUGGGAGCUCUUCCCAAGGCUGCCCCUGCCUCGCUGACAGUACCAGCUACCAGUAACUCCGUGACACCUGAAUUCAGUAACACCCGAAUUUCCCAGAAGACCUGGGGCCUCCCACCGUCCCCAACGGGAGUUUUAACGGAGUGUUCAAACGUCCACAGGCCUGAGGUCUCCCCACCUGGAAUUCCAGCAAUCUGCUGCUGCCAUUGCUUCUCAGGACCACACGGUGGCGCUGUUGACCAGCGGUUCUGCCCAGUCAGGCGACCUGAGGAGGGACCAGAUUUUGCCUGGUUUCUGAGUGGGAGGGUCCCACUACUCACGUUUCCUGAGCUCAGGCAAGGGAGCGCCUCAUCAAGUUGGCGGGGGUGCAGCUCCUGGUGCUGGACUCAGUCUGAUGACACCCUAUUCUUGCUUUCCCACCACAGAACCCCACGGCCGCCCUUCUAAGAACAUCCUCCAGGGGGCGUUCUCUUCCCACGGCGCCAAGGUGACCUGGGACCUGUCCCCCCAGAGCAGCAGCUCAGCAACAGCAGACGCCUUGAACCUGCGGGGGACACCCCCUCAUUGAACAGGACACGUUUGUUAGAAACGUUCCCGGGGACCCUCUGCAGAGCUGGAACGGCAGUUCCUGACCCCCCAGGCGGCCUGGGGUCCCCAAGGCCGUGAGGAACAAGGCCCAGGCACUGUGGCCCCAGCUCGGAGCCUCACCGUUAGCACCCGCGGGAGGCGCCCUCGCGGGGCUGCAGGCGAGGCGCUGCCAGGUGUGUCGCGGGAGCAUGGCCGACGGAUGAGGUCACUGGCCCGGAGUCCUGCUUGCGCUGAGCCUCUGCCUGGAGCCACCCGAGUCCGGAGCGAUGGCACGCGUUAGGGGAACGGCAGAAGCCAGCCCAAAGAGUGAAGAGAAGCGCUAACCAGUCCUGGAACCCCAGAGCUGCUGCUGGCGAUGUGACUCGUCCCCGUGGUGGGGACGUGCAGACCCCGAGCAGGGGCGAUUCAGGGAGGGCCUGCCUCUGGGAGCAGCCCCCCGUGGCACCAUGAACGGUCACUUCUGCCGGGGGCUGGUGGACCGGGGACCCGCGGUGCACCCCUGUGCUGUGCAGUUGGGCGCCGCGCCCCCUUCCGGGCCAGCGCCCCUGCCAGCGGAGCCCUCGGGCGCCAUGCCCUUUUUGCUGUUCCCCGGCCCAGCCGCCGCCUACGCCGGCCUGUUCCCCUGUGCGCCCGGGCCGGGCGCCCUCGGGGGCUACGACGGCCCCUUCGAGCCAGCUUUCAUCCAGAAGCGCAACGAGCGCGAGCGGCAGCGCGUGCGCUGUGUCAACGAGGGCUAUGCACGCCUCCGAGGCCACCUGCCGGGCGCGCUGGCCGAGAGGCGGCUGAGCAAGGUGGAGACGCUGCGCGCCGCGAUCCGCUACAUCCGGCACCUGCAGGAGCUGCUGCGCGCCGCCCCCGACGGUCCCCGGUCUGAACGCCCCAGCGACGCCCAGCCGCCGGAGGAGCCCCGCUUCUCCUCCUCGCCCGGCUUGGAGUCGGAGGAAUCCAGCCAGUGAUGCGGCUGCGCAGGGACGCCUCACUGCCGACAGCGCCUCGGGUCCCUGGGGGGCGGCGCAGGCCCGGACACUCAGGGGCGCGCUGCGCUCCACGUCUGCGAACCGUCCUCCCCGCCCCACGGCCGGCCGCCUCCCUGCCAUCUGGGCGGAGGCGCAGGGCAAGGGUUGCCAGUGGCCGGUGCAGACCUAGGCAUCCGGCGGGUG